AUGGACCUGGUGGAAGGGGCAUCGUUGAGAGAUCACAUUAAUUCAGUUAAAGAGAAGAACGAAACGUUCACUGAGGCCAGAAUAUGGAACAUCGUUAUACAGUUAGUACUCGCGCUCAGGUAUUUACAUAAAGAAAAACGCAUCGUGCAUCGUGAUCUCAAACCAAACAAUAUAAUGCUCGCCGAUAAUGAUCAUGUUGUCAUCACUGAUUUUGGAUUGGCUAAAGAAAAGGGUGCAGACUACCUGAAAUCGGCGGCUGGCACAAUCGUAUACAGUUGUCCAGAAAUUGUUCAAAAUGAGCCGUAUUCGGAUAAAGCAGACGUUUGGUCAUUCGGAUGUUGUGUGUAUGAGAUGUGCAACCUGAAGCCAGCGUUCUUCUCGCAUAACGUGCUGCGUCUCGCAACCACCAUCGUUGAAGGCCGAUACGAAAUGGUCGAUCAAAAUUAUUCUCCUGAACUGAGACGCAUGAUAAAUGCAUGUCUGGAGAAGGAUCAUCGCAAACGAUCCGAUAUAGUAGGUAUAUCGAGCUUGAUCACCGAACGAAUCAUGCUACAUCUCGAUGGCGUACUUCGCUCCAUUUCGACAACCUCGAAAACGGUCGCGUCAAAAUCAGAUCGCAGACAACGGAAUGAUACGUCAACUUCAAAAAACUCUAAAAAUACUGAGCCACGAAUUUCAUCGAGACUCAUCAAAGCGAAUCGUUUCCAACGCUCACAGUCCGAUGCAAAGUCACUGCUUCCACUUCGAGCGUUUGGCAUCGAUAAACCACGGAAAGAUUCGUCAAUAGAAUCAACAUCCUCAUCGUCUUGUUCGAAUUCUGUUCGACUUCCGAAUUUGCAUCAAAUCGUUCGUUCAGAUUCAAUUGAAAAUGAACGACGACUAGCUUUGGAACGACAUCUUCGCGUUGCAUCAGCCGGAGCGGUUCUGAACGUUUCAGCGAAUUCAGUUCAACCGAUUACAGAUCCCGUCCUGGAAAUUCUCGAUAUGGCACAUAGGUGA